AUGCGAGCUUCAAGUCCCCUGGUGCGGAUCAUAGGGUCCAGUCUUGUACUGGCUGUGCAAUCCUUCGUCGUCGCUUUAUCGCCGCGUACGGAGAUCGCCGAUGCGUAUGACUUUGUAAUUGUGGGAGGAGGACAGGCCGGUCUCGUGCUUGGUGCACGAUUGUCGGAAGAUGUCAAUCAUACAGUACUUGUUCUCGAGGCAGGAGGUGAUGGAGACGAAUAUCGAACUCGGAUAGAUACGCCAGCUUAUUCCUAUUUCGAUUCACUCUGGACAACGCCGUUGAACUGGGGGUACCACACCAUCCCACAGCCUCACGCAAAUGGACGUGAGAUAUACUGGCCCCGUGGCAAAGUGUUGGGAGGCAGCUCUGCCAUCAAUGGGCUGUACCUGACACGACCCGGAGAGAUUGAGAUCAACGCAUGGAAAGACAUGCUAGGAGACAUGGAUGGCGCCGAGAACUGGGGCUGGGAAUCGUUCUACGCCGCAAUGAAGAAGAGCGAAACAUUCACUCCUCCAUCCGAUGAGAUGGCCGGAAAAGCCCACAUCACCUGGAAUAUUACCGAUCACGGCACAAGCGGGCCCAUUCAUGCCUCGUAUCCUGGAUUCACCUUUGCGCAAGUUGGCCAGUGGGAGACGUCCCUAGUCAACAUGGGCAUUGCAAGCUCUGCCAACAUGUAUGGUGGUGAACCAUGGGGUGCUGAGGUAUCUACCUCGUGCAUCAAUCCUACCAACUGGACGCGCUCAUACAGUCGGUCGGGAUAUCUCGACCCUCUACCCAACAGAAGCAACUACGACGUUCUCGCCAAUGCGCAUGUGAUGCGGAUCCUGUUUCAGAAUUCUACCGGAACCUCGAAAGAUCUCACAGCGAAUGCGGUGGAGUAUAGUAUGGACGGCGGAGAGACGAAACGCAGAGUCCAAGUCAACAAGGAGGUGAUUCUUGCAGCUGGCACUGUUGGCAGUCCAGCGGUCUUGCUUCACAGUGGCGUGGGCCCGACCGAUGUUCUCUCUGACGCGGGAGUCGCCCUGGUUUCCGAACUUCCUGGCGUCGGUCAGCACCUUCAAGAUCAUAUAAGUGCAACAGUGACCUGGACUACCAACGUGGAAACGGCCGGCUCUAUCUUCUAUGACAAUGGAAGCGAGAGGAACAACCCUCUGUUUCUGACAUACAUCGAUUCGGCCAUUGCCUAUGUGAACGCGACCGGCAUCUAUGAGUCCAGUGUCGAUCAGCUGAAGACACGCAUCCUCGACCAAAUUGAUCAGUAUCAACCCGACACGACCUACGACAAGGGUGUCAUUGAUGGAUACACGGCAAUCUGCAACACCACCGCAACGACCAUCCUCGAUUCACCCAUCGGACAGAUUGAGCUUCUGUUCAUGAACAGUGACGGCAAUGGUGAUGUUGGGAUUACUGCAGCUUUACAACAUCCAUACAGUCAUGGUCGGAUUACAAUCAACUCUUCAAAUCCAAUGGAGUACCCGGUCAUUGAUCCCAAUUAUCUAGUCAAUCCAGCUGACUACGAGAUCCUCCGCCAAGGCCUCAAACUCGCACGCAAACUCGGCCAAACCGUCCCCAUCAGCAAAACCCUCACCAAAGAAACAUCCCCAGGGCCCUCCGUCCAAACAGACGAAGAAUGGCUCAAUUGGAUCCUCUCCGCCGCCGGAACCGAAUACCACCCUUCAUCCUCCUGUGCCAUGUUACCCCGCGACAAGGGUGGCGUCGUCGACGCGAAUCUCCGCGUGUACGGCCUAUCCAACGUGCGCGUGGCCGACGCCAGCGUGCCCCCUAUUGCUCUGUCAACUCACUUGAUGUCGUCGACGUACGGGGUGGCCGAGCAAGCGAGUAUGAUUAUUCGGAAGUAUUAUUCGGAGAUGCGGGCGUCGAUGGGGACGGAGACGACGACGAGUAAUGCGACGGGGCCGGACACGGGGUCAGCGACGACGGGAUCUUUAAAGGGGGGGUCGAGGGCCACGGGGGUUGCCAUGUCGAGUGGUGUUGCGGCUUCGAGUCGUCAAGUUAGUGCCGGGUUGAAGGGGGGUUUGUGUGCUCCUGGACGUGUGAUGAUGAUGUGUGCUGUUGCUCUUGCUCUUGCG